UGUGUUUUUGUUGGAUCAUAUUCGCGAUGCGGAUUGCACGGUGAUUCCUAACUUUAAAGUGUCUGGAAGUAGAAGAAGAGUUUCAGCAGUUGGAUAUAUAACUGUCGAGAAUCUUUCCUAUCAGAAUAAUGGAACGUACAAAUCGUAAAGAGCAGGUGCCGUUGGUGAUCGUUUCGGAAUACCGUGAACCGGAAACGUCCAUCGACGAAGGCACAAGGUUACAAAAUGGGCAGUUUGAUGUGGAAAGCCAGCAGCCUAUGCCCGCGGCAGAAACGAUAUCGAUUUACUGCAAAGACACCUCAAAUGCUGUACAAGUACCUGAAUCCAUGCUUCUGUACAAUAUUACAGAUGAACCGCCCUGGUUUUUGUCCAUUUUAUUGGGAAUGCAACAUUUCUUAUUGCUUUUCGGCGGAACUGUAUCGCUGCCUCUGCUGCUGGCGCCUCAUUUAUGCAUAUCUCCAAAGGAUUCCGGCGUCCCUUUCUUGAUCUCUUCCAUCUUUUUUGUUGCCGGUCUGGACACUUUAUUGCAACUUACUUUGGGUGUAAGGUUACCGAUUAUUCAAGGAUCGACCUUUACGUUCUUCGGACCCGCCAUAGCCAUUUUACAAUUGCCGCGGUGGCAGUGCCCGAGUGAAUCCGCAAUUGAAUCGAUGAAUUACGAAGAUCGACAGGAAUUGUGGUUCAGUCGCGUACGCGAGAUCCAAGGCGCAAUCAUUCUGUCUUCUUUGGUGGAAGUGCUGUUGGGCUUUACCGGAGCAGUUGGGUUUUUGGUGCGCUUUAUUGGUCCUUUGACGGUGGUUCCGACCAUUGCUUUGACCGGUUUGUCAUUGUUCGGCGUUGCUGCGCCAUGGGCAGGAAGGCACUGGGGAAUUACUAUUUUUGCCAUUGCUCUGUUGACCUUCUUCUCCCAGUACGCUCCGCGUAUUCGCUGGCGCUGUGUCAGUGUGGCGUGGGAAGAACGCAUCCGCACAGCCUGCCAACUCUUCCCGGUGCUGAUGACUGUGGUCAUCGCGUGGAGUCUGUGUGCCAUCCUGACUGCCGCCGGUGCAUUGCCGGAUGACCCCAAAGCCUACGGGUACAGUGCCCGCACUGACAUCAAACUAGACACGCUGAGCCAGACGCCCUGGUUCCGCUUCCCGUAUCCCUUUCAGUGGGGCUGGCCGACGUUUUCUCUCAGCGGCUUAAGCAUGAUUUCCGGGGUGCUGGCAGGGAUUGUAGAGAGUAUUGGCGACUACUACGCCUGCGCCAGAAUAGCCGGCGCGCCUCCUCCACCGACCCAUGCAAUUAAUCGGGGAAUCGGAAUGGAAGGUCUGGGUUGCGUUUUAGCAGGAAUUUGGGGCACCGGGAGCGGCACUACAUCUUACUCCGAAAAUAUUGCGGCUCUUGGAAUAACAAAAGUUGGAAGCCGUCGAGUGGUAAUGUGCGCUGCGGUGGUUAUGAUGGGAAUCGGCAUUUUCACCAAAUUCGCCGGAUUGCUGGCUACCAUGCCGGAUCCGAUUGUGGGCGGACUGUAUUGUGGACUGUUCGGCAUGAUCAGUGCUGUUGGACUUUCCCAGCUGCAGUCCGUGGACCUUAAUUCCACCCGCAAUCUUUUUGUUUUGGGAUUUUCUCUUUUCAUGGGAUUGACCGUGCCGCAUUGGGUUAGCGAGCAUAAAAAAACACUGGACACGAUGACCAGUGUCUCCCAACUGAACCAAGUAGUGCAGGUACUCUUAACAACCAGCAUGUUCGUCGGCGGAUUCCUUGCGUGUCUUCUCGAUAAUAUUCUUCCAGGUACGCCACAAGAGAGAGGUCUAACCGCCAUGCACUCUUCGGUGAGCACCGAAGACGGACACUUAAUAAGAGAAAUCUAUCAUCCACCUGGGUUCUUAAUCCGACUGUUUAAUCGGUGCUGCUGUACCAGCUAUCUACCUUUUUGGCCGAAGCCGCACAAGGAAGAGGAGCCAAUCGACUAAUAACUUCCGUUACGUUGCGUAUUUCCAGGCGCAAGAUGCCGAGCAGUUCAGCUUCAGAAUCGUAUCAGGGAGUUUAAAACAAGACAAAGUUUAGCGGAAAUUAUGUGGCAAAAUUUUGCAUUUAUUACGAGUGUUUGAGCGUUUUAGAGGGGCAACCGGGUUUGAUCUCAGUCUCAGUAACGUUAACCAACCGAGUGCUGAUUUGUAUUGCAGAAUUUCAGAAGUAGGUAUUUUGACUUUUACUGGGUUGGGUUUUCGACAUUCGUACGGAGCUGCAGAUUUGCUUAACUCGUGAUGGUGCAGCCUGCGUACAGUAUUUUUCGUGCUCGUUGACAUGUUAUCGAAGCCAGUAAUCAGGGUGCGGUACAAUUAAUGCUGGAAACUUCGAA